GCGGAGCAGACCGGAGCAGCUCCGGGAGUUCCGCUUGCGCCGCGUGCUCAGGGAACGACUCUUUCAGGAGGCCUCGGUUAUGCAGGGAUAAAAGCAGCCCGCUUCUGCUAGAUGGAGAACAAUGGAAUGAAUUUUUUAGGAGGAUGUUUGUAGUUCCAAGCCGCUUCCUGGCUUCCGACAGCUGGAAAACUUCUGUUCCCUGCUGGUGGAGACUGGUCUGACUGAGGACAAGCUGAGCCUAACAACAGAACAGAGGAACAGACUCAUCGAAGCAUGGAGUGCUGUAGAGGAACACGAUAAACAACCACACAAGUUUCACCAGCUCUACAAAACACACUGGGGUAAUGCGCUUUACUGUUGCACAAAGAGAGGUGAUCUUGCACUGGUCCAGCGAGAGAACAGGCUGAUGUACACACUAGUGAAACUUCUCUGGUUGGGGUCACCGCACAGUACUCCAACAAACCCUGUAAAAACCACCAUCGCAAAAGCAUAUGAGAGCCUUCAGCAUCGCGUACUAGUAGAGGAUCCAGUUCUGAGCAAACUGGGAAUACCUUUGGCAAAAAUCGACACCAGAACACUCUGUGAUUUUAUCCGCAGUCAUGAGAGACUCGUCAACCUGCGGUCGACUAAACCGCCCUUUGCUACCGUGCUGAAGACCAUGUUAAUCUCUUCAAAAGAGCUUCCUCUAGCUGCAUGCCAGCCGUCCGUUCUCUCUCCACCUGACCUCCCACAGAUGAAGCUUGAACACAUUUCAAGCAAAGCAGGGACAGAGGUUUUAAAAGGAGGGACGGACACUGCGAUGCCAGUUUUAAAGACUCUGCUGCCAUUACAACACAGUGAGUCUGUGCCAAUUCCCCACUUCCUACUGCCGGUCAGCAUAUCUCCUGUGACUGAAAGGAAAACGCCAGUCACUUCCAUCAUCAUCAAACCUCUAGCUAAAAUCGCUUCAUCUGCCACAAGAGCUACGUCCACCAACUCAACACCAGUAUCACAGAGUAUUGCCAGCCGUUCAGCCUGGGCCAGGGCUACACUGUAUAAAAGGAAACAUACAGGCAGUCUUACAAAUGUUGAAAUCAAGAAGUCACGUGUACAAAAAUUGCCUGUUUGCACUCUGUGCAGCCAACCGACUCAGGGACACAAAAAAUACAAGAAGAAGACUUUUUGCCCUGUGAGAAUGAUGUCGACCUCAAAAGGACUUUGCAGCAGAGUCUACUCCAGUUACCAACAUUUUACCUCAGUUGUAGACUCACGCCACAAAACUUAGUGUUCUUUUAAAAAUUUUUUUUUAUUGAUUACUGCAUUUAUGUUCUUAUUUGAUAUGUUCCAUUUUUUUGUAAUUAUAGUGAUCUGUUAUAGUGAUAUACAGUGAUAUAAAAAAAACUAUUUCUGUAAUAACAAACGACUGUGAUUCGGUUCACGCUGACCGGCGCUGAGAAAAGUAACUUGUGCCCUCUGACUUCACGCUAUAUCUUCGAAACGCUGAUGAACUAUUUCUAACUGUGCCGAGUACUUAUUUAACUAUUAAAGGAGUCAUUAAAGGAGAAACCAAAGAGAAACUAAAGUCAGACCAUGGAGAGAGCAACAGUAUACAAGUGCUGUGAUGCACAGGACAGAAAAUAGCUUAUUACUUCUAAAUAUAUAUAUAUAUAUAUAUAUAUAUAUGUGUGU